GCGCUCUGCUCUUGAGAGAGAGUGACAUGAGCCCUGCCCUGUCAAUUGUGUUGAGUCAGAUCACUUUUCUCUGCAGUUCAUUUUCUCUGGUCAUGCAGAGCAGCAUGAUGACUGCUAUUGAGGGCCAGGGAAAGGUGCCCCCCACCUGCGAUGUGGCCGCGUUAUAGAGAACAAGCAACUGACCCACCCAGAGGGAGGCUCUUCUUCAGGCUGAUGUCAGCAGCAUGACAAGUAAAGAAAUGGCUUCAUCCUUCAACCUGCGUAUCCAGGGGGAUGAGAACUUGCAGUCCAUGUUGCUGGGGACGGUGAUGAGGAAGAUUAAAUCCCGAACCUGGAAGAAGCAGCGCUAUUUCAAACUGCAAGAGGACUGCAUGACCAUCUGGUACAAGUCAAAAAAGACAGGCAACAGCCACUCCACCUUCUCAGUGGGUGAUGUGGAGGCAGUGAGGGAAGGUCACCAGUCAGAGGUGCUGCAGAGCAUUGCCGAGGAGUUUCCUCCUGACCGCUGCUUCACUCUAGUCUUCCGAGGUCGUCGCGGCAACCUGGAUCUGGUGGCUGACUCUGCAGAGGAGGCCAAGACGUGGAUUCGGGGAAUGCGUAAGCUAAUUGAGAACCUGGAGAACAUGGGCCAGCGCGAGAAACUCGACCAGUGGAUCUGUGACUGGUUUAAAAAAGCAGAUAAGAACAAUGAUGGGUGCAUGAACUUUAAAGAGGUGCGGGACCUGCUGAAGAUGAUGAAUGUGGACAUGAAUGAGCACCAUGCCCUACGCCUCUUUCAGAUGGCUGACAAGUCUCAGUCGGGCACGUUGGAGGAUGACGAGUUUGUGCUGUUCUACAAGAUGCUGACGCAACGGGAGGACGUGCUGCGGCUCUUCCAGGAGUUCUCUGGGGACGGACAGAAGCUGAGCCUGCUGGAGCUGGUGGAGUUCGUGCGGGAGGAGCAGCUGCAGUGCGAGCAGAGCCGGCAGCACGCAUUGCUGCUCAUUGACCGAUAUGAGCCCUCAGACACCGCCAAGAAGCUCCAUGCCAUGACCAUCGAUGGGUUCCUAAUGUACCUUAGCUCUCCUGAGGGCUCCAUCUUCAACCCGCGGCACCUGGGUCUCUAUCAGGACAUGAAGCAGCCGCUCAGUCACUAUGUGAUCUCCUCCUCCCACAACACCUACCUGAUCGAGGACCAGCUUCGGGGCCAAAGCAGCAUCGAGGGCUAUAUCAGGGCCCUGAAGCGUGGCUGUCGCUGUGUUGAGGUGGAUUGCUGGGAUGGCCCCAAUGGAGAGCCCAUUGUGUAUCACGGACACACACUUACUAGCAAAAUCUUCUUCAAGGACGUCAUCCUGGUUCUUAGCAAUUAUGCCUUCAAGGUAUCAGAGUACCCUGUCAUCCUGUCCAUUGAAAACCACUGCAGUGUGGAACAGCAGAGAGUGAUGGCACAUCACCUGAACAGCAUUCUGGGAGACAUGCUGCUGAAAACCACUGUGGAUGGGAAAAUUCCAAGCAGACUGCCUUCCCCUGAGGAGCUAAAGGGCAAGGUCUUGGUGAAGGGGAAGAAGAUAGGCAGCUUGGAGGAGUGUGUGACCGGACCAGGGGAAGAGCACUUCGGGGAGGUGAGCGAUGAGGAUGAGGCUGCUGACAUCGAUGAUGACAGCACACGCAGGAAAGCCAAGAAGCCAAGUCAGCAGCUAUCCAAAGAGCUUUCUGACUGUGUGGUUUAUUGUAAGAGUGUGCAUUUCAGCAGCUUCAAGCAUGCUCGCACCCGCUCCAAGCUCUAUGAGAUCUCCUCCUUCACAGAGUCCAAGGCACGCAAGCUUAUAAAGGAGUCAGGAGCCGAGUUUGUGCAACAUAACACCAGGCAGCUGACCCGAGUGUACCCCAGCGGCAUGCGGACAGAUUCCUCCAACUAUAAUCCCCAGGAUAUGUGGAAUGUGGGCUGCCAAAUAGUUGCUCUAAACUUCCAGACAGCGGGUAUGGAGAUGGAUCUUAACGAUGGCCUCUUCAGCCAGAAUUGCCGCUGUGGAUACGUCCUGAAACCCAAAUUCCUGAGGGGCUGGGAGAGGUUUGACCCGGAAAACCCCCGUGGCUUGGAAGGGUACAUGCCCCUCCGCCUCUCCAUACAGGUAAUCAGUGGACAGCAGCUUCCCAAAGUGAACAUUAAGGAGGGCUCCAUUGUUGACCCAUUAGUGAGAGUGGAGAUCCAUGGCGUACCAAUGGACCAGGCCAAACAGGAGACUAAGUACAUCGACAACAAUGGAUUUAACCCUGUGUGGUAUGAGACCCUCCAGUUUACUGUACAUGUCCCUGAGCUGGCUCUAGUGCGCUUUGUCGUGGAGGAUUAUGAUAAGACCUCAAAGAAUGACUUUGUGGGGCAGUACACUCUUCCUUUUAUGAGCAUUCAGCAAGGAUAUCGCCACAUCCAUCUGCUUUCAAAGGAUGGCACCAGUAUAUCUCCCGCCUCACUCUUUGUGCACAUAAGGAUCACCGACCUUGCAUAAUGUGGGACAAGCCCCUCUACACAUGUCAGGAAUGAAGCCCCAACAGCAUGAGUACCUUCCCCAGCAGAGCAUGACAGAGUGAAUGAGUGGCCACUAUUAAUACAUAUGGGUUGGGGCUCAAAGAUUUCCUGAAAAUAUUAAAAGGCAUGCUGUAUUAUCUCCACCAAAAACAACAGCCCAGAAGCACUGCUUUUAUCUCAUUCCUUGCAUCACACUUCAAGUAGUGUUUCUCUUACCAGGGUUAACAGUACUGGAUUACCACACAGACGUUUGGGGGAAUCUGGAUUUGAAAUCCAAUUGUUUGACCGCAUUUCAAUCUGUAGGCAGAACUUGUCACCAGAAACUGCAUGCAAGAUCCUGUGCUUCUCACCACAAGAGCAAACAAAGGAAAAACAAACCUUACUAUAAAUUACUGUUAAAAAUAAUUAAGCAAAAUGUGUAAAUGCAAAUUCCAUAUAUAUAAUAUAGACAAAAAAUUUGACAUAAAAGGGCUGACUAUCUCUGUUAACUACUUUUGUGUUGCAGUAAACAAUUAGUAGCUUUUUAACCCAAGACAUUGUGAAUAUUAUUUUGUUAAGAAAUUACUCAAUGGUUGUUUGCAUAUAGCUUAAACAUACAGAAGAAUCCCCAAAUUCUUCCAGUUCUUCUUUACCUAUCCUGUUUUUUAAGGGUUAGGGUUAGGGUUAAGUGUACAGUUUUUGCUGCUUGUAUUAGUAUUAUAUUUUUUAUACUUUUCCUUAUUAAAAAAAAAAAAAAUGUUAUUGCUUUUAAUAUUUUAUUAAUGGGAACUUAUAAUCUUAUUUUGUUACACAUUCUUUGCAUUUGUGGUAUUUAAUUCCUGUUCAUGUGUUAGCAUGUUUGCAUUUAUGAAUGUAUAUACAUACGCCAUACCUUACAAAUAAAUAUGAAGCUUUCCAAGAGAAUAAAAACUGAAUCCUAUUGAAGAGGCUGUGUACAUUGUUUCAGAAGAGGGCCUAGUUAAGAACUGGAACAAAACACAAAGUAAUUGACAUGGGAACUGUGAGGCUUGUGGCCCAAAUAUGUGUAAAGCAAAGAUAAAGGCAUGAAGGAACUGGGGGACCAAACACAGUACUGGUUGUUGUAGAUGAACUGGGAAGCAGUUUGGUCAAGUGGCUACAGACACAGCAUUGUUUGGUGGUUAAAACAAAAAAAAACUGACAGUGAGGAAUACUGUUUCUUCUACUUUCUUCAGGAUUCAAUGUAACUUUGCAUAAUCGUUUGAGCCAUUUUAGUUUUUACAUCUUCCCGUGGUACUCACGUCAUAGCGAGGAAUGGGUGAAAGACUUUCUAAUGUACCAAGUUAGACAUAUUACACUAUGUAACACAAUUUUUGUUCCUGGGUAGUAAGUGUUAUUUUCUAAUUGCUUAUCAAAAGUAUAGAA